GUGUUGCGUCACAACAACUGCACUUCAAACAUGGCUGACAAGAGUAGGCAAGGGGACUCAGAAGCUCAGUUUGCAAAGAGAAUAAACCCUGCAAAAGACGAGCUGAGUAGGGAACAGUUCCAAUUCAUCCGACGAGUGGAGCUGGCGCAAUGGAAGAAGAAGACAGAGAAGCUCAGGGGUCGAAACGUUGCGACCGGACUCGCCAUCGGAGCUGUAGUACUUGGCAUUUACGGCUACACUUUCUACUCUGUAUCCCAGGAAAAAGUAAUGGAUGAAAUAGAUCAAGAAGCCAGAGUACGUGCUCCAAAGACAGGAGCCAACUGAACUGUCAUCUGAUCUAUGUGCUCUGACUACACGCCACAGAACGUUGGAAUGGGCAUCGCUGUCAUUCAUCCGACGGCCAACAGAGGGCGCCACAUACACGUUCUCUCAUACUGGAUGAUUUGAAGAAACCGAAGCGAAUUUCAUUAUAUUCAUUGUUUUACUGUUAGUGAUUUGUGCAGUAAUUACAUAGUAGAGUUUCUGGCAAUUCUGCUUUGGGUACAAACCCAAGUCAAAUUAUUGAAGUGAUUGGCAGCCUCAUUUGGUGUAAAGAUAUAUUGUUUUGCCUUUCUUUUUUAUAAACACAAUAAAUGUGUCUUAAAUAUGA